CUGUAUAAAAGGCAGAGCGGUGUGAGAUUACUUGCUUGGGUGGAGACAAACAGCAUCAACAUGACUCAGCUAAGGCAGAAUAAAAUAAGUUACCUUAUCUAAGCAAAGCUGUGCCACAAUGAGUCAGAGGAAGAGUAAAGCACGGACUUCCUUUGGGCCCACAGCGCCCCCUUUCCUUGACUACCUGAAAAACAUUCUGCGCAGGUAUCCAGAUGGUGGGCAGAUUUUAAAGGAACUGAUUCAAAACGCAGAUGACGGUCAAGCCACAGAGGUGGUUUUCAUUCAUGAUGAGAGAAAAUACGGGACAGAGAGUCUGUGGACAAAUAAACUUGGAAAAUAUCAAGGUCCUGCUCUCUAUGCCUACAACAAUGCACCCUUCACAGACGAGGACUGGGAGAGAAUUCAAAUGGCAGGAAGGAGCGCAAAGGUCAAUGACCCAAACAAAAUCGGGAGGUUUGGGAUCGGCUUCAACUCUGUUUACCACAUCACAGACGUGCCGAUCAUAUUCAGCUCAGGACAUCUUGGGGUGAUGGACCCACAAGAAAAGAUAUUUGGUGAAAGAAACGGAGGCUUUCUGUGGUCCUUGGACGAUGACGAACACAAAGAGGCUCUGAUGACGAUGCAUGAUCAGUUUCAGCCCUUUCGAGACAUUGUGUCAGUUUUAGGAGAAAAAUGGUCAAAAAUGAUUAUGGAGGAUCAACAUUUUCCUGGGACACUUUUCAGGUUCCCCCUCCGCAAUGAAACAUCAGAGAUCUCAGAUAAUCUGUACAAUUCAGGAAAAGUGGUUGAGCUUUUUGAGAGCUUUAUUGCAGAUGCAGAGCUGAGCCUCCUAUUCUUAAAAAGCGUGCGCUCUGUGUCCUUGGUGCACAUAAGCCAUGAUGGUACUAUGAAGACCAGACUUGAAGUAAAAGCCUCCUCCCCAGAAGUCCCACUGGAAUCAGAAGAUGACUCAGACCUUGAGGGUUUGACAAGAUUCAAACAGAUAACACUCAAAUCAGACGUCUACAAAGAAACAAAGUGGCUUGUAACAACAUGCACCAUGAAAAAGGGAAUCAUAGAGGAUCUUGAUGUCCUUGCAGAAAACUUGAGCUUUGUACCCCGAGUUGACUUGGCCUUUCCCAGCAGUGAGGAGAGAUACGGUGAGGGUAGACUGAGCUGCUUCCUGCCUCUCCCGAACAACGAGUCCAACAAGACCGGCCUCCCAGUUCAUGUGAAUGCUUGCUUUGGCCUUACUGACAACAGAAGACAUAUCAAGUGGCAGGAAGAAGAUCAGAAACACGAUAAACAUGCUUUGUGGAAUGAAUUGCUGGUAAACAAAGUACUUCCUAAAGCAUUUGUGGUGAUGAUUCAAGAUGCCACCAAACUUUGUCAAGAAUCUCGCCUGACUGUUUCUUCUGUGUACCGCCUGUGGCCUGACAUCUCCCACAUGCAGCACAAGGACAAAUGGCUUGAAGUUGCUCAGGAUGUUUUCCAUCAGUUAUUCAGACAGAAUGCAGCUGUCCUCUCCCUUGCUAAAGAUGAAAGGUGGUUCAUUCCUUUGUCUGAUGCCAUAAUACCCAGUAAUGGUCCUGAAAGUCCAGACAUAGUAAAUGCUGUUCAAAAGACCUUGGUUUCCUAUGGAGAAAAUCUUGUCACUGUACCAGCUAAUGUAAUGACAGCGAUCAUGACCAGUUCCCACACAACCCCAAAACAAGUCAAUCCAGGCUUCCUCAGGGAGGUUUUACUCAGGAAUGGGGUGCAGUACAUCGCCAGAGAGGACAAGCUCUGCCUUUUGGAGUUUGUCUUGAGUGAUGGAAACUACAAGGAGCUUCAGGGUCUCCAGCUUCUUCCUCUCAGCGAUGGCUCCUUCAGAUCUUUCACCAACUGGGAGGAGGACACCGCUUUGAUUGACAGCAAAGAAUUUCCCAGAGCCCUGCUGCCGUGCUGUAAACACCUUUUCAUCUCAAAUGACCUGAGUUCCACCUGCAGAACUUACUUGACAAAGCUUGCAUCAAAAAAUUUCUUCAAAGUCAUCGUUCUUGAUGCUGCCUGUGUAGUGAAAUACACAAGAAGAUAUUUACCACAAGACUGGACACAGACAGGAAAUGCUCUUGUUUCAUGGAACAUUGGGAACAGUGAACACCCCCCUUCAGAAUGGAUUCAUCAGUUCUGGAAGUUUCUUAACGAUCAUUUCAAAGAUUUGAAUGAUUUCACUGAAAUACCUUUGAUACCAGUCAGCCCUCUGUCCAACAGUCAUCCUGUAUUACUAGCUAAGCUACAACAGAAGACAACUCUCAUUUUUCAAAAGACCAAGAAGAACAGUUUACCAGACCACAUAGCUCAACUGGUGACCAAAGCUGGUGGCACUGUGGUGAGAGGAAAUGACUGGCUCAGGCAUGAAGAUCUGGAUUCUUAUGUGCUCAGUCCAUCUCCAAGAAGUGUCUUAACGAUCUUUUCAAAUGUAAACCAUCAACAUCUGCUGAGAUGUCUAAAAUCAGAACCUUUCGCAGCCCUGGAAGAACUGAAAGGCUAUCUCUCUGGCCUAGAUUAUCUGUCAAACUCAGACAGAGAUUUACUUUUGUCACUUCCCCUGUUCCAGUCUCUGAAAGGCCUCUGUGUAAAUGCUAAAGCAAAACAAGCAGUCCUACUAACAACCAGCCCGAGAGUGCCAACACAUCUGCCAAUGCCUGAUUCAUAUAUCCAAUGUACUUCAAAGGCUGAUGACAGACUCCUACAGCUGCUCAAAGUAAAUGCCUUGAGGCCUGCUGAAGCUGCAGUUGUCCUUGUGGAGAUUAUUGAAAGAAAGUCUUGCAGUGCUGGGGAAACUGAGAAAAUAAUGACUUGGAUUUUACAACAUGGCAACCUUCUUUUCAGUCAAAGUGAGAUAUUGAAAUACAGAUGCAGAGACUUGAAAUUCAUUCAUAGAAAUGGAGAACAGAAUAAGGUUUCAAACUUUUUUGAUCCAAGAGUAAAAACCUUUGUAGACAUCUUUGAGGCAGACUUCUUUCCUCCACCUGUGUACACCCAAACCAAACAGAUGUUGGAAAGCCUAUUGGAGCUUGGUUUAAAAAGCAAAGAAGCAGACGUGAAACCUGACCAUUUAUUGCAAGCUGCCAAGUUGGUUGAAAAACUACAUGCAAACUCUCCAAGCGAGGCCUUCAGAAGAGCUCAAGUUCUCCUUGGUAUAAUGGAUUCCAAUGAUCUUCUGUCAGUCUUUUCUGCCGAACAACUUUGUCAACUAAAGAUGAUAAGAUGGCUACAGUGUGAUCAACCUGGUCAUGUAAAAGGACAACUGAUAGAUGAAUCAGAGAGAAUGUGUAUGUACUCCCCAGAUGAAGUCAGACACACUAUGUAUGAGGACAUUGUCGGCCUUGUAAUGCCUCUAACAGACAAGCUCAGUGAGAGGACAAGCAGCAAACUUGGUCUCAAGCAACUGCCUCCACCUGAGAAAGUAACUGAAAACUUGCUGGUCCUAAAAUCCCAAGCAAAGGAAUUGUCCAACCCUGACACAAAUCCAGAUUUCAAACAAAAACUCCAUUGUAUUUACAGACACAUGCAGGAAAACUGCUCUGCUUUUAAAGCAGUGAUGGACAAAAAGGAGAGUUGGCUUUGGGCCCAUAACCAGUUUGCUUCACCUCAGAAACUGGUUCUUGGCUACCCGGGUGGCUUAGAUCUGAGCUCCUACAUUGUCAAAGUACCGGAUGAAUUCCUACCAUACAAGAGGCUGCUCCAGGAGUUUGGUCUGAGAGCAUCACUUUCAGAUGCGGAGGUCAUUGCCAUUCUGUAUUCUAUCCAGAAAAACAUUGAAGAAAGACAACAGCCUUUUGCAAGUCCUGCUGAAGUAAAAGUGUCAACAGAGAUUCUUUGCUGGCUAUGGAGACAAAAGAAGGUGGUUCCUGAAGAUAUACCAGUGGUGGUUAAUGUAGAGAAUGAACAGUUCACCCUUAAACCACGGUCUGAAGCCCUAAUCUGUGAUUUGGGCAAGGAUAAACUGAAAGAAUUCCAGUUUAGCAUUGAGGAAAUGUACAUCAUACAUGAGGAAAUCCCAAUAGCAGCAGCUGAAUGGUUGAAAGUUAAGUUUCUCAGCAACCAUAUUCUUGCUCCAGAAUCACUAGGAAUUGAACAAUGUGGUCAAAGAGAGCCAAUAACCACACGCAUCAAGAACAUCCUUAAAGAGUACGAUGAGCCAAAUGACAUCUUCAAAGAACUCAUUCAGAAUGCAGAGGAUGCUGGUGCUGAUACCUGCAAAUUUAUGAUUGAUUUCAGAGAACACAAAGAUCCCCCAGAAAGUCUCAUUGAUCCCGGCAUGUCUCUUUGUCAGGGGCCAUGCCUUUGGGCCUUCAACAAUAAACAGUUCACAACUGAGGACUGGGAAAAUGUUGUCAAAGUAGGAUCAGCUUCAAAAGAAACCAAAGUGGAAAAGAUUGGAAAAUUUGGACUUGGAUUUAAUACAGUGUAUCAUGUGACAGAUGUGCCCUCAAUCCUUAGCGGCAGUAAGCUUCUCAUACUUGAUCCGAAUGUCACACACCUCAGGAAACACAUCCAACACAAAACAAAUCCUGGAAUCAAACUGGAUCUCUCUCAAAAGAGAAUCUUGGGUUGCUUUCCUGGACAGUUUGCACAGUAUGAGAACAUUUUUGACUGUAAUUUCAGCAGACAAAGUCCUCCUGAACCGUACACUGGCACUUUGAUUAAAUUGCCUUUCCGAAAUGAAGAAGAGGCUCUAAGUUCAGAAAUAAGUGCAAAGGUCUUCUACAAAUAUGAUAUCCUUGCUUUGAAAGAUUAUUUCAGGCAAAAUUCAAAAUCCUACCUGCUUUUCCUGAAGAAUAUAAACACAUUGUCUCUACAAAGCAUUUCAUGCACUUUAUCAACUCCACCAGAAGAUGAUGAAAUGGAAACAAUCCUGACCGUCUCCAAAACUGUGGAGAGUUUGAGUGCCAUUGAGGAAACACGCACCUUAAAACAGUACCAAGCUGUGAAUUCACUCCAGCAAAUCAAAUCGAAGUGCAAAGACAUUAUCGACAGCCACACAACCAGCAUUAUCAAAAUGACCAGCCAUGAGCAGUUUGAUGAACCUGAGGAUGAUUUCUGGCUCUUGUACAACUGCUUUGGGACAGGGCCCUCCUUGGAAAAGGCCCUUCAAGAAAAUAAUGCAGUUGUCUUUUCUCUUCCAAUUGGAGGAGUUGCUGUGCCUUUGCAAAGAAAUCCAGACACUGGGAAACUGGCCCCUCUAAAUGGAGACUUUGUUGGACAGGCGUUUUGCUUCCUACCCCUUCCAAUUCACACAGGUCUCCCAGUAAAUGUAAAUGGGGCAUUCGCUGUCAUGAGCAACCGCAAAAGCUUGUGGCAAAGUGGAGAGAAAAGGUCAUGGAAUGAAGUUCUUCUUCGUGAUCCUGUAACAACAGCAUACAUCACUGCACUUCUGGCACUGAAGGAAAUGGCUGAAAAACAGCAACUGGAGAGCUACUGCUAUCAUUCAUUUUGGCCUAAAAGGGAGAAAGUGAGCGACAGUUUCAAGCCUUUAGUUGAUGAGUUUUACUCAUCAAUUGCGGCUGAACAAGCCAAUGAUCUGGAGCUUUUCAGUGAUGGAGAACACUGGUGCUCAAUGAACAAUGUCAUAUUUCUACAUGAGAACAUCGAAGGGGAUAAAGACAUCGGUGCACUUGCAGCUCAGAUAUGCAGAAAACAUGUGAAAAAACCCAAAUGUGUUGUUUCUCUUCCGGUGUGGUUGAGAAACAGCUUCAAACAGUGUGGAUUACAACAUGUUUUACAGAGCAAGACAAUGACUUGGACACGAUUUUAUCAAGAGGUGGUCUUUGAAAACCUUGAUGCCAUAGACCCAAACAGUAGAGAUGCCCUGGUGCUACAUGCUCUUGACCUCAAUAACAAAGACAUAAACACACUGCUCCUUCACCAACCAUGCAUUCCUACAGUAAAUGGCCAACUUCAGUGUGUCAAGAAACUUGUGAGUCCAUUUGGAAAAGUGGCCUGUCUUUAUGAACCAAAAGAGGGACGCUUGCUUGGAGGUACCAAAAAUGACUUUCGCUCACCAAAGACAAUUCAGCGUUUGUUGGAACUUGGAAUGACAAACGACAGUCUUCCUUUAGGGGAGAUUCUACUGAAAGCAGAAACAAUAACUGACACCUGGAAGGUCCACAGAAAGAAGGCAAAUGAACAUUUGAAAUGCCUUCUUGAAAUCAUGAAGAAACACAUGGAUGACAAAGACUCUUGUCACUGGGAAACACUGAGGAUUACUACAUUUCUUCCUGCCUUUUCCCCUGGUGACCUAAAGAUGGAAGGAAAAGCUAAACUUUACAAGCCCAUGGAGGUAUUUAGCGAUGAAUACUCUCUGCUUGUUAGCAUGACGCAUCCUGUGUUGGACAGCUCCAGUCUGAGGAUACACAAUGCUGAUCCAGUUCUAGAAAUGUUGGGACUACAGAGAAAUCCAGAUUCAAAUACAGUACUUCACCAGCUUCAAAAAGCCAGUAAUCGAAACGGAUUAACUGACACACCAAUGCUUCAAAAGAUAGCAUUUGCGUGCUACAAUUUUCUUGAUAAGUGGAUCAGUGAAUGUGACAAUAUUGCCUUGUUGUCACAGCAAGCAAACUCAUUUCCAUUCAUUUUCAUUGAUGAUGCAUUUGUGAAUGUCAACCAGGUUGCUGAAAGGGAUACGUUUGAAGCAAAACCAUACCUCCAUGUACUUCCACCUACCUUCCGAAGUUUCAGGAAUCUUUGGGAGAGUGUGGGUGUUGCAAAAAAGUUUAAUACAAGUCACUUUCAGACUGUGCUUCACAAAAUACAUGCCAAGUAUGGAAGUAAGCCACUGUCAAAGGAUGAUCUUUCAAUUUGCCUGUUAAUUUUAAAACAAGAGCUACUUGAGACAGAUGAGAAAAACACAGAUGACUGUCUGAUACCAAAUGUAAAUGGAGUUUUACAACCAGCAAGUGAGUUAUUUUUCAAUGACAGUCCAUGGAUUCCAGUUUCCCCUUUUGUCACCCUGUGUCAUGAAUACAUCCCGCGCUUUAUGGCUCUUCACUUUGGAAUCAAAACAAUCCGACAUCACACCCUUGAACACUUCACAGAUGACAACUUCUCUGCUUUUUCCUUUGACUUUGAACAGCGUGAAGAACUAGCUGUUCGAAUUAAAAACAUCAUCUCAGCUUAUCCAUCAAAGAAGGACAUUCUCAAAGAGUUGAUCCAAAAUGCAGAUGACGCAGAAGCAACAGAAAUUCAUUUUGUUUGGGACAAACGACAACAUGCCAAGGAAAAAACAUUUGGAGAGAGCUGGAACCAUCUGCAGGGUCCAGCCCUGUGUGUGUUCAACAACAAAGUCUUUUCAGGUGAGGAUUUAAAAGGGAUUCAACAGCUGGGAGAGGGAGGAAAACAAAAAACCUUUGGAAAAACAGGUAAAUUUGGGGUUGGAUUCAAUUCUGUGUAUCAUCUGACAGACUGUCCCUCCAUCCUUACUGGAGACAAAUUUCUGUGCAUUUCGGAUCCAAACAUGAAAUACAUUGAAACCCAAUCGAACAACCACAAACUUGGCAUCGGCUAUAACGUAGCUGACACAUUCAAGGAAAUGUAUGAUGACGUCUACAGAUCCUUCCUUCCAGAACAAUUCUUGCUUGAAGAGGGCACCAUGUUCAGAUUACCUCUAAGGAAAAACUACAGCGCAAACAACUCCAGGAUAUCCUGUCAAGAAGUCACAGAGCGUGACAUGAAAGAGCUGUGUUCGGCCCUGUCAGAUGAUCCAGAAGGACUAAUACUAUUCCUGAAAAACAUUUGCAAAAUAACAGUUCAUGAAAUUAAUAACCAAUCAGGGAAACUUCAAACCAUCUUUGCAGUGGAAAAGACUUUGCCACAGGAAAACCGAGAAGAAAAAGAUGAGUUUGUAAAAUGUCUUCAAGAUGCUUUCGAAUGUCAGAGGCCUAUAACUCCUCGCAGAGUUUUCUAUGAAGCUAAAGUUUCAACUUCAAACAGAAGUCAGAGCACAUGGGUCAUUGCAGAGCAAUUUGGCUCAUUCAAGAGCAAGGAAAAUGUGUUCAACAAACCUCCCCAGGGUGCGAUCGCUGCACGGGUGAGCACAAAGGGAGCAGAUGCAGCUUUUAAAGGAGGAGCCUUUUGUUCCCUUCCCUUGCCUGGGAUUACUGGACUACCGGUUCAUGUCAAUGGAAACUUUGAGGUGGAUUCUGGCAGGAAAAACCUCUGGAAAGAAGAUGGCCCAAGUCAGAAAUCCAAUUGGAAUGAGUUCCUCACUCAAGAUGUCAUUGCUCCACUUUAUGCAGAAAUGCUUCAGUACAUCAAACAGAGAAUUGGAAUGAAGACAGUUUCUCUUGCAAGUCUUGAAACAUUUUUUGGUGCUUCCUAUUUUCAGUUUUGGCCUGUCGUAUCCACAAAUGUUAGCCCAGAGUGGCAUGGAAUGAUACAUGAAGUGUACAGGUCAAUAAAAGAGAAAGGCUUUGACCUCAUUCCAGUGUUAAGAAGCUCCACAAAAAAACUUGCAAGUCGAUAUAUAAGAGAAUAUACCUUUGACUGGUGUAAUCUCAGAGAAACAGAGAUAACUGAAGUACCUUACCUGACACAUUUUAGUGAUGACAAAAUUAAUCCAAUUCUGGAAGAUCUUGGAAUGAAGCUGGUUCCUUCCACCAUUUACAUGGACAAGAUAUGGCAGAGCUUCAGAUCAGCUGGCAUUGAAGUAAAAGAUGUCUCCCCAGCUGCCGUGAGAACUUACUUACAAGCAAAGCCUCUAAAUGAUCCAACCAAAACAGGGAUGGAUUUACCCUUGCCAUUGACGGACACUUUGAUCAAAGAUAAAAAAAGAUGUUCAGAGCUCUUGAACUUCUGCUUAAAAGAUCCUGAUUUAAAAAAAACAAAACCCAACCACAAUAUUCUGGAUGGAGUCCCUCUGCUUCUCACAAGAGACGGAGUUCUGAGAGUGUUUGACUCAUCAUCUCCAAGGCUGAUAUCUGUUCAUGAAAACCUUUUCUCAGACCGCACAGACGAGUUUGCAGAUUAUGAAACCAACAAGAGUCACAGAAACAUUCUCGAAGCAUCCAACCUGGUCAAAAGCUUGACUCUUCCAUGUGCAGCAAAGUAUUUAAAGCCGGUAAUUCAACAACAUCUUCAGAAGUGUGAUGUUGAUUUAGACAGCGGUCUUCAUGUUCCAAAUGAAGCAAUGUUGAAAUGGUUGGAAUCCCUCUGGAGAUUCCUUUGUAGUGAAGUUAAAUCACCAAAAUCUCAAAAUGGUAAACAAGCUCCAACACUGAAGGACGUGUUAAAGUUCUUUAGUGAUUGUUCCAUUCUGCCUGUUGUGUCCACAAGGUUAAACAACAAGCAUCUCCUGCAACAGAUAACCAACAUAGCUUGUGUAAUUAAGUUUACUUCUGACAGCAAAAUAACAAACAUCCUUUUCAAACUUGGCUUUUUGAAGUUCGAUUUUACUUUCUUUUUUAGAUCAAACCAAGAACUAGCUAAUCUUCUACGUGAUGAACUAAUGGAUGUAAAUGACUACAGUUCAGUGCUUGACCAGGUCUGCAACAUUAAACACUCAGAAUUAUCUCACCUUUCAAGUAAGGAUAUGAAAACACUGCAGAAGUUCCUGCAAGCUGGCCUGUCCGUAUCCAAAAACGGCAAAGAGCAACAGUGGAAAUUCAAAUCUUUGCCUUUGUUUGAAACGGUGCAGGGUGAACGAGUGAGGAUCGAUGGACCACAAGCUGUUUUUGUCCUCAACACCACACAUUUAGGGAAAUUUCCCGAUUUGAUCCGAAUGCCAAAAGACAACAUUUUUCUCAGAAGCAACCCAGAAAACAAUGAUUUGUCACAGAUGCUGAACAUUGCAAUCCUGAACGAUUUGGAAUAUUUCAUGAAGUUCAUCUUGCCUCAUGCCCAGAGGCUCACAGAGAACGAGAUUCUCCAGUCGCUGAAGCUGUUGCUCUCAAACUAUUCCCAAUUUUUUAGCUACAAGGAUGAAAUCAUCUCCACAAUGAGGACAGUCAAGCUAAUCCGCAGUUCUCAGGGUCAGAUGGAGACCGCAUCGUAUUUCUUCGACGACAAAAUUGAGCUUUACAAGAAAAUGGUUUCUAAAGACAGAUUUGUGCCAAAAAGGUUUUGGACAGAAGUGAGUGAAGGACCUCUUCAAACAGAACAUGCAAGAACCUUCAUCCGUGACUUUGGAAUGAAGCACCAAAUAUCAGAAGAGGAUAUCAUCAAUUUUGCACACCAACUAGAAUUUGAAGCAAAACAGAGCCGCCAUCUUAAAGAACUGGAAAAAAAGUCCUCGUUGUUGCUGAGAGAAGCAUUGAACAAAGUGAGGGGUAACAAGAAGUCUGGGGAAAAGUUUUUGCACAGCAUUGCUCACAUUCCCUUCCUUGUUCCUAUGAAAGUUCAGGAAGAACUCUGCAGCUAUCACCAAGCAUUUGCUGCACAGAGAAAUGUUGUUGAAAUCAGAGGCUCUUUGAUCAAUAUAGAUCCAAAACAUCAAGAUCUGAUUUGGACCUCAAUGCCAGUUAUAGAUCUACCAGUUAAAAUCUCACCACCGCUCUUACAAAUGAUGAAAAAUGCUGGAGCUCAUGAAAAGCCACCAUCACAUUUGGUGACGACCAACAUGAGAAACAUUUGUCAGUCUCCUUGUUUAAGUGAGGAGCAGAUCAAAACACGUGCCAGAGUGUUUCGAAGUGCAUACGCUUUUCUGCAAGCUGUAGACUUUCCUGCAGAGACACUGACUGAUCUCCCAGUGGUGUUGGUUGAAGAAGACACUCAGCUUGUGAAGGCCUCUGACGUGUGUCUGUCCCUCAAAGAUGAGCUUGAGUUUAGACCAUAUUUACACAAAAUUCUUCCCCGCGAUGCUUUGUUUGGUGAGUUUUUCAGAAAGAUUGGUGUAAAGGAAGCACCCACAGCAAGGCAUUUAUGCAAUGUCCUGGCAGCCGUCCAUGCUGAUUCCAGAGAUAAGCACCAGCUAAACGCAAACCAGUUCAAAACUGUGAAACGAGCUGUUGAGCAGCUGUUUAACUUGUUGGAAGCUCAAGGAAACACAAUCCUCGCUGACAUAGAAAUCUUGUAUCUUCCUGCAGUGGAUGGAAAGUUAUACUCUUCAUCCUCCCUCUUCUACAACAACACAACCUUUGAGACCAAACGGUUGGAGGAAGCUCUUGAGAAUAAGUUCCUGCUGCUGGAGAAACUCAGCAAGUGUCACUUGGACUGUGACAUCCAUGAGCAGCACCGGCUGGUGCAACUGCUGCCUUCAAGUUUACAGCCUAAAAUGUUGACUCAGAUAACUCAGGAGGAAGUGAUGGAAUCACAUUUACAACCAUGUAAGUUCUUGACUGAUUGUGAGUUUAGUGGAUGGUUUAAUCAGCAUCUUUCAUCCAAAGAAUUUAGACAUGGACUUGUGUGUCUUCUUAAGGAUCAGUCUCAAGGGAAAAUAUCACAGACAGAGGCCUCAGCAAUGUGUGACAGAACCUUUGGCAGCAUUCAGAUUGUCUGUUGUGAGAGCUUGGCAACAAAGCUAUGGAUGGAUAAAGAGCCACUGGACAAAACUGUCAGAGAAACAGAUGUUUUUGUGAGAAGAAAGCAAGAUGGCUGCAUAGUUUACUUGAAACACAAUGAAGACAUGGCUCCCAAAGUGCUAAAUGCUAUUAACAUGACAUUAACAAAAGAAAUGAAUCUUCUUCUUGGCCACAGACUUAAAUCAGAUCAUCUCCAAGUACUCGGGCAGCUCCUUCUGUGUGAUACUCUCCAAGAUGUUCAGAAAACUUUGGCUGACAAUAAUAUUCAUGACAGUGCAGAAACUGAGAGUGUUCUUUUCAGUCCACCAGAACCAGGUACAGAAAUUCCUGAGGAAUGGCACGAUUCGUUGGACAUGAGCUUCCUCAACAACUUUGAAGAGGGCGAAUAUGUGGGCUACAGAUUCAAUGACAAGUACAUCUAUGCAGUUAUUGCAGAGGAGAUUCCUGAAAAUGCUGGGCGAUGUUCCCAUAGAUACAAAAUAGACAUUGGACAGAAUGAGCUUGUUGAAGUCGGCUAUCUGGACCUGUAUCAGUUUAAACGAGAAAAGACCACACAUUGUAAGGAAUUGGAGCCACUGGCAGGAGCUACGCCACAAACAGGUUCCCCCAACAAAUCCUCACGUUCCUCCAAUAAAUCCUCAAGCGCGUUACCAGCUUCGUUAUUGGAAGCUAAAAGUGAAAUAGACAGAUGUCUAACUGAGAUCUGGAGUCUUCCUUUGGAUGAGAGACAAAAGGGAAUCAAGCGGCUUUACCUCAGAUGGCAUCCUGACAAAAACCUUGACUGCAUUGAACUGGCAACAGAAGCAUUCAAGUAUUUGCUGAAUUGUAUUGACGAACUCACCAAAGGCAAGGUAGGAACUGCGAAGCAAUCGAGUGCCAGGGCAAACUGGGAUUUCAGACAUUUCCAUGAGCAGUGGAAUCAGGAGGCAAGACAUCACAGAAGCAGUCGAGAAAGAUCCUACAAGAGCUACAAUUCCUACAACUUCUCCAGCCAUUAUACAAACGUUCCACGGCCAAACAAAGAGGAGGCCCGGCGCUGGUUCAAGCAGGCUCGCUGCGAUCUCGAUGCUGCUCAAAAAGACUCAGACGGUGGAAGCACAGAGUGGUGUCUUUUUAAAAUCCACCAAGCAGUGGAAAAAGCUCUCACAGCUGCAGAGUUUAAACGGAGCGGUCAACGCACCACCAACAGCACCAUUUCAGCCACAGCUGAAAGAGUUUCCCGCUACCACAGCCUGCUGAGGGAUCUGCCCAAGAUUGUAGAGGAUCUCAAGAAGCUGGGAGUGGACAACAAAAAGACUCAAUACCCCAGCUGUCACACUUUUCCUCACAUACCAAAUGGGCAGUUUAAAUCAGAGGAUGGAUUGCGUGCGCUGAACAAAGCCUCUGAGCUUUUAAAUAAAAUACAAGCAUACAUUCAGUAGGUGUGAACCCAGUAAGACUCAGGAUCUUUCUAUCAAGGCAUUAUCGUUCAGUUUGCCCUUAAACAUCCUUGAAAGAUGGAUUUUGAUUGUUUUUUUCUUUAGAGUAUGAAACAUAACUGUAUGUAGCUGUUAUAAAAGUUCUUAUCCUUAAAAAACUACUUUAUUAACAUGCUAAUUUUGAACAUUUUUCUUUCCAUUUGUAUUUUCUAUGGGGGAUCAACACAUAAUGUUGUACUUGCUUUUAUGGUUAAAAGGGAUUUUUUUUAUGUCUGUGACUCUGGGCCAUGUACCAAUAUAGCUAUAUAAAUACAGCUAUAUAAAUACUAUUGAAACAUUUCCAAUCCAAUAUAACGUUUUGAUUAUCAUAAGUCAUUUAUUGUACUUUUGUCUUUCAUUCAGUACAUAUUUUUUAAACUGCAGUUUAUUUUUUUCAGAUUAUGCAUUUACUUUUUUGAUUUCAGAUGGUUUUGUGCCCUUAUAUUAUUAGUUAACUUCUGCAAUCAUAUUUUUAAAAUUUCAGAGUUCAAGAUUGUAUUUGUUGAAUUUCUAACAUUUGGAAGCAGACGGAGGUUUAAGUUGCAAUUCUGUCUUUAAGCAACAUUUUUUGGGAGUUUUCUUGCUGAAGUUAGUUUUUAUGUUAUUCCUAUCUCAAUAACAAAAUGUCGUUCUACAAUACAAAAUAUUCAUUUUUUGCAUGUCAUCGUAUAUCUUUCUUGCAUGUUCUUGCCAGGAUUGUAUUAUAAAACUGUUUUCAAACUUUUUUUGUCAAAGGUUCCUCUUCAGGGUAUUUUCUUUGUUUUUUUUUGUGUUUUUAAGAGAAAUUUUUAAUUUACUGUGUAGGAUGUGAGGCAACAUGGGAACCAUCAUACAUUUGAUUUGUACUUUUCUGAUUCAUUAGUUAUGUUGUUUAUAAAACUUUAAGGAAAUAGUUGAAUGUAUUACCAUGAGAAAAUAAAUUGAUAAUGCCCA